CUUCUAUACAAUAAUUUAAAAAAAAUAAUUAAACCUGCUAAAAUAUAUAUAUAAAAACAAAAACCUUUUGCCUAGUACAAUUCUUGCACUCAAAAAUAAAUGUUCAGGCGUUAUUGAAGGCAGCCAAGUUUCCGGAAGAGCAACUAGUGUGAUUUUAAUGGACACGGAAGAGCUAUUUGUUUAGGUUUAGCCCGGAGAACAACACAACUUUCCUUUCUUCUAAUAGUGUAACUGUUUUAAGCUGUUAGUAUGCCGUUAUUUUCCCAAAAUCCAUUUGAUCAAGAUGUGGAGAAGGCAACCAAUGAAAACAACACAACAGAUGACUGGGGCCUCAUUAUGGACAUCUGCGAUAAGAUUGGAACGACGUCCAAUGGGCCAAAGGACAGUCUGAGAUCCAUUAUGAAAAGAGUCAACCACAAAGUGCCACAUGUUGCCAUGCAGGCCCUCAAUUUGCUGGGUGCCUGUGUGUCAAACUGUGGCAAAAUAUUUCACUUGGAAAUCUGCUCAAGAGAGUUUUCCAGUGAAGUACGCACUGUGCUGAACAGGGCCCACCCGAAGGUGUGUGAAAAGCUGAAGGCUCUGAUGGUGGAGUGGGCUGAAACUUUCCAGAAGGAUCCACAGCUCAGCCUGAUCAGCGCCACCAUCAAGUCUCUGAAAGAGGAAGGCAUCAGCUUCCCCACCGCAUCCUCACAAGGUUCCAGCGCAAAGGCCAGCACACCUGCUGUGAGCAAAGCAACUGAUGAUGAUGACGACCUGGCUAAAGCCAUCGAGCUGUCCCUGCAGGAGCAGAAGCAACAGGCGGAGACGCGGCCCCUGACCGUGACCUCCGACCCCCCGAACUACACCAACGGCAGCGGAGGACAGGAGGCGCGGAAGGUACGCGCGCUUUACGAUUUUGAAGCGGCUGAAGAUAACGAGCUGACCUUCAAAACUGGAGAACUCAUCCUGGUUUUGGAUGACAGUGAUCCAAACUGGUGGAAAGGAGAGAACCACAGAGGAGUGGGUCUAUUCCCCUCCAACUUUGUCACAACCAAUCUGAACGCUGAACCAGAGACAGUGGCUUAUGUCGAAAAGACAGCCAGUCCUGAAGAGACGAGCAUUGAAACCAAAGUGGAGCCUGAACCCGUCUUCAUUGAUGAGGGGAAGAUGGACAGAACGCUGGCACUGUUGCAGAACGCAGACCCUGCUGAUCCGGCUCCCGACUCCCCAGAGCUGCUCCAGCUGGAGGGUGCAUGUGAGCAGAUGAACCCCAUGAUUGAUGAGAAGCUACAGGAGAUUGACAGGAAACACUCAGAGUUGUCAGAGCUGAAUGUGAAAGUUCUGGAGGCCCUGGAGCUCUACAACAAGCUCAUGAACGAGGCUCCGUUCUACUCCCCCUAUUCCAAGAUGCAGACGCAGUACGGACCAACCAACUCAGCUGUAGCCAUGCAGGGCUACCUCGGCCCAGCCGGUGGUCCAUACCUGCCUUCAGCGAUGCCCCAGGUUCCCCCCGCUCAGCCCUACACUCUGCCCAAUGACCAGCCGGGACCACUGCAUUCCCUGCCCCCCAACGUCUCAGCCCCACCCAACAGCCAAGCUGCUCAGCCUCCAUACAUGAGCAGUGGAAUGAACGCUCAGUACAUGAACCAAGCUGGAGCUCCUUACCCACCACAGGCAGGCGUUGCCAUGGACAUGUCGACCUAUCACAACUCCAGCAUGCCUCCUGUUUCCUAUCCUGUGGCUGCUCCCCCUCACCAGGCUCCUCAGCAGCAGCAAGCAGCAUAUUAUCAGCAGCCUCUCCUGUAAAACUCAGACUGACCACUGACCUGGGAUGAAUACAUACUUCAGAUAUUUCACUUUCUAGUGGUGUGUUCAUUUGGCUUCUCUUCUGUUUGUGUGUGUGUGUGUGUGUGUGUGUGUGUGUGUGGUAAUUGCUUUAGGAUCGUUCCUAUAGCCAUUGUUGUCCCUGACGAGCCGAAGUGAACACACCCUGGGCAAUGUGAAAUAACUGAGGUGUGUAUAAAACGCAGGUGUGUUGUGCAUCAGUCAGGACUGUGUCUGUGUGCAUGUACUCAGCGUCAGGAGCUUUUUUCCUGGCUGACAGUGAGAGCGGCGCUGGUCUUCAGAGGUCAACACAGAAGAAGAGUUGGGUUUGCCCACUAGUACAGGACCAUGUAAUGAACAGUUGUUGCCUAAUUCUAGUUAGCAUUUUAAAAUCCAUAUUUCAACACUGAGCAACUCGCAUAUGCCACAAUUUGACACUAUUCAUAGCUUUCACUCAACACGUCCUGUUCUGAGGAGUUAGGCCAUGUCCACACUAAGGCAGAUACAUCUUGAAAUUCUCUCAGUUUUGGCCUUUUUUAUUCAUACUAACUUGUCUAGCCAAAGCAACAUGUCGGCUCCAGCUGCAGUCCUCUGUAAGUGUCCACACUGGAUGCAUUUAACCACAGUACUGAUGUGCAUGAGAAACAUUUUGGCAGCACUUUCAGCCCAAUACAAAAUCACUGUAUUGACUUGACUAUGAUGGAGUUGAAGUAUAAAAAUAUGCCUUGAGUCACAGUCGCAGCCAGUGAAAUGUUUUUACACAAGCUGUUUUCUGCAGAUCAGUCAGAUAAUUGUAAGACGGAUGAUUAAAAUACAGAGCUUUCUGCAGAAACAUUGCAGUGUGGACAGGACAAACGCAUCUGUUCCAAAAUGUUCAUGUAUGGCCAUCAGCCUUCAGCAUUUUUAAUGUAUCCAUAUUAAUGUAGACACGGCCUAAACGUCCUUCAUCUGUGAUUUAGCUUCUUUUAGUUUUUAAUCGUAAGCCAUCUUAUUUUUUUAAGUCUGUAGGUGGAUAAAUCUGAAGGAGGGUCCAGCUGAUUCUGAUCAUGUCUUUGUCCUGUAGUGCGGUUUGCACUGAAUGAUUGGAACACUUUGAAAUGAUGUGGGAGCUCGUGUUUUCUGCUAAGCCAGCACUUAUCAAAUCUGUGGGACAGGGCACAUGUGCUUGCUUCAGGACAAAGUGUGGGUGUCAUUAUUUAAAAGGCAGGAGCUCCAUUUUCUCCCUCACCAGCAUCCCAUCACUUUAGCUGAUCUGCAGUUUGAAGAGAAUCUCUGAAGUACAAAUUCUAUUUUUCAGCUAUCAGAUAUGUAUGUUAACAGUUAUAUUUGUGUAAGUGCUUCAAAAAAAAUGACUUUUCCAUAAACUCACUGCCUUGUAAUGCAUUCUGUGGUUGCAUUUAAGAUAUUUAAGGUGAUGUUUUGUUUGUGUGUAUGUGUGCAUUUUUUUUUUUUUUUUACAUGUACAUGUUCGAGGGCUUACUCAUAAUAGGUUCUUCAUCGUCGUGAAGUGAAACUGAUUUUUCAUCCGAUUUUUAGGGUAAACAGACUUAGUUUGUUGGAUCUCUUUGUGUGUUAAUUCAUCCGCUGAAAUGCUGCAUCUGUUCAUGACAUCAGUACCUUCCUGCCUCUCAUCUUCCUGUGUGGGGUUUCUUCCAUGUGGUGGAACCUGGUGGGAUCCCAUGUUUUAUGCAAAUGCACGACUACGACUAAGAUGUUUCAGGCCUCUACACUUCAAUUUCAAAAUUGCUGAUGACAUUGCUUGUACUUUGAUUUAUAUAUAUAUUGAAACAUUAUGUGUAUAAUUUUCAUUGUUUGGAGAAUGUGUAAUUAUUAUUACUUUGCUUGUGCUUUUACUUAACUCCAGGCAAAAUGUAAGCAGAGCAACAUUUUUUUCAGACAUCAUUAGUUGAAUAUGAAAAAAGAGAGAGAGUGAGACAUCAUGUUUCAAGCCUAUUGUUUUUCUUUAAUUUUGGGGGUUAAAAUUAAGGAGCAGCUUUCAUAGAUUCUACAGUCUUUUGCAGUAGCUCCAUACUUAUAACUAGCCAGAACGGUCUAUAUUUCCUUUACUUGCCUCAUAUUAAAGGCAUUGUAUAUUAGAUGUAAAAUAGCUGGUUUUGUCAGUGACAUUGACAUUGCACCUUAGCUUUGUAAACAUUUAUUUACCACUGGAUGCCUUGUUUUUCUGUAGAAAUCAAAGAAUGACAUGGACACAACGUUGGAGGGUAACUUCUGUCUCAGAAUCCGCUGGUUAUGUAUAAUUCUGUAUAUUUAAAAUAUUCCAGGAAAAGUUCCUUUAUCCAGGAUUUUAAAACUGCUUUUGUAACAGAGCAAACUUAAAAUGUCCUUUGAAAUAAUAAAAAAAAAACAACACUGA